CCUGCGCACUCCCGCGUGGGCCGGAGCUCCCAGGAGUCCGCGGGGCGGCGCGUUAGUAGCCUAACUGUGCAAACUACCGGCUCUCGGGGCUGUUUGUGUCAACGUCCGCGCUUUUCCAGAGUGGACUACGUUUCUCACAGAUAAGGCAGAGCUUCAUUUUUGCAUUUUUGGUGCUGAGGAAUCUGUGGACAAGAUCCCCGUGUGACUCAGUCUGUGCCUGUGAAAGACCUCGAGGCUCUAGUUAACCACAAGGGACCCCCCUGUUCUGAAGGAUGGCCUUUGUUGCCUUCAUCAGUGCACGCUGUAUUUACCAAGGAGAAAUGGAAACGUGCCAGCUUUAUUCAUAAUAUAUAAAACCUGGAAAUACAACAAGUGUUCAAGAGAAAAACGAAUAAACAAACUGGCAUAUUCACACAACUGAAUGCUGUCCAUAAAUAAAAAGAAUGAACCACACAACAUUAAUAAAUAUCACAAAACUGGGAUAUGCAAAAGGAGACAUAUGUAAUUGCAGAACUGACAAAACUAAAUUACAGCGACGUAUCUCCUAACUAUGGCUGUUUCUGUUGUGAGACUGACUGGAAAAAGACACCAGAGAACUUCCUGGCAGUGAUGGUAUAAAACCCGCACCAGGGCAGGAAUACACAUACUUAGCCUCUGCAGUGUGCCAGAUGCCAUUCUGGGUGCUGGGGCUUUCACAAGGGGCAAAACCGACAAGAAAACGCUUCACCCUCUGAUUCACGACCCCGGGCCUGGGGUACCGCAACAUGCAGGCCUGAGGGGAGAGAAACCUCCACAGGCUCCCCAUUCUCGUCUCAGCCAUUUCCGCCCAAACUGCGGUACCCAUUCAGCCUUUCUUGGCCCGACCGCCCUCAGCACGGAUUCCCGAUUCCUUCCUGGUCCUCCUACGCUAGGUUUCGGAUUCUUUCCUUUCUUCUCAACGCUUCAGGAUUGGGGAUUCCGCUUCUCUCCAGGUCCUCCCGGACACAGGUUUCUUCCAUCAUCCUCUUCGCCCCGCCUCCGGCUGGCUUCCGCUUCCCUUUUCCUUAUUUCCCCAACCAGGUUUCCAGUUUCUUCCUCGGCUCGGGCUCUGGUUCAACCCAGGACCCCACCUCGCUCUCAAAGAAUCAGCCGGCUCUUCGGCGUCUGAAGGGCCGUCUGUGGCAACCGUCCUUCGCCCAGGAGGAGGGACCCGCGCACCCUGUAACUCACAGGACUUUCCCGGGGGUGGCGCGGACUUUGCGACCGUUGCCCUCCCGGCUGCGCUCGAAAACCGGGACAGUUUCAGUGUUGGACUACGUUUCCCACAGGCCCCAGGGACACGAAUGAACUUCGACUUUUGGUUCCCCUUCCGGUAUCGUCGUGGUUAUUGGAGUAUGCCUGUUCUGCAAGAGAAGCCCCCUGAAGUGGAGGAGAGCGUUGCCACUUAAAGGCCUGUUCAAGAUUUUAUUUGAGAGAGAGCGCAGAACAAGAGAGAGAGAUGAGGCAGGAGGAGGGACAGAGGAAGAGGGAGAAGCAGACUUCCACUGAGCAGGGAGCCUGAUGCAGGACUUUAUCCCAGGAUCCUGGAAUCAUGACCCGAGCCAAAGGCAGACACUCAACUGACUGGGCCACCCAGGUUCCCCAUCUGACUUUUUCUUUGUAGAUAACCUAGCAUCCACAGGUCACAGUCCCCCUGCAGAUUUUUGAACCAUGAUGCCUGCCACUGACUUCUGUGGUCCAUUACAGCAUAACAUCUGAACUGUGCCACCAUUACCUGUCCGAACUCUAAUUCAGGUAGAAGAUAGAAAAGUCGAUUAGGCAGGCCAAAGACAAACUGGAAUGCUGCAAAUGAAUUGUGUUGCUAGUUUCAUCCCAAAGGAGGGAACUGUGAAACAGGACAGUUCUUCCUGAUCGUGCCAGCAUUGGGUUUUGACAGAGGAACAUGUCAACAGCGUUCCUCACACUGUCAUGGCAGAAAUGGAAUUCCCAGACCAAUUCUUCACAGUUCUAAGCAUGGACCAUGAGUUGGUGACAUUCAGGGAUGUGGUCAUCACCUUCUCUCCAGAGGAAUGGGAAUAUCUGGAUUCAGCUCAGAGGAACUUGUAUUGGGAUGUGAUGAUGGAGAACUAUAGCAACUUGGUUUCACUGGAUUUGGAUUCCAACUAUGACAAGAAGUGUUCGUCUACUAGAAAGGACAUCACUGAAAACAGUGGGUCUCAGUGCAAAGUAACAGAGAGUAAAUUCAUUGGUCUUGAGAGCUCCAUUUUCAGAAAUGACCAGCAAAGCAAAGGCAAGUGUGAAGUACAAAGAUCUGAAGUGGGAUAUUUCAGUCAAAUGAAAAUCAACUCCAAAAAAGUGCCUGAUUACAAGUCUGUUAUAUCACAUCAGACAACUCAUGAUAGCAAAAACCCCCAUGCAUAUAAGGAAUAUGGGAAGGUCCUUAGCUGUGACUUAAAUUUUGGUGAGUAUGAGAGAAUACACACUGGUGAGAAAACAUAUCAAUAUAAUGCAUAUUGGAAGACCUUUGGCGAUGACCCACAUACCCUACAACUGAAAAUACAUAGUGGUAUGAAACCUUGUAAAUAUAUGGAAUCUGAGAAUGCAUUUAGUUUUUAUGAAGACCUUAGUAUACAGAAAAUGCAUGAUGAUCAGAAGUGCUAUAAAUGUAAGAAAUAUGAAAGGACCAUUAGAAGAGUUGAAGAAAUGCCUCCACUUCAAGUAAUUCAUGAUGCUGAGAAACCCUAUGAAUGCACUUUCUGUGGUAAAUCCUUUAGAGUUCAUACACAACUUACUCGACACCAGAAAAUCCAUACUGAUGAGAAACCUUACAAAUGUAUGGAAUGUGGCAAGGACUUUAGGUUCCAUUCACAGCUAACUGAACAUCAGAGAAUUCAUACUGGUGAGAAACCAUACAAAUGUAUACAAUGUGAGAAAGUCUUCAGAAUUAGUUCACAGCUUAUUGAACAUCAGAGAAUUCAUACAGGUGAGAAGCCUUAUGCAUGUAAAGAAUGUGGGAAGACCUUUGGAGUCUGUAGAGAACUUGCUCGACAUCAGAGAAUUCAUACCGGAAAGAAACCCUAUGAAUGCAAGGCAUGUGGAAAGGUCUUUAGAAACAGUUCAUCGCUGACUAGACAUCAGAGAAUUCAUACUGGUGAGAAACCCUAUAAAUGCAAGGAAUGUGGGAAAGCUUUUGGAGUAGGCAGUGAACUUACUCGACAUCAGAGAAUUCACAGUGGUCAGAAACCUUAUGAAUGUAAAGAGUGUGGAAAGUUCUUUAGACUUACUUCAGCACUUAUACAACAUCAGAGGAUUCACAGUGGUGAAAAACCUUACGAAUGUAAGGUGUGUGGGAAGGCUUUCAGACAUAGUUCAGCCCUUACUGAGCAUCAGAGAAUUCAUACUGGAGAGAAACCUUAUGAAUGCAAGGCCUGUGGGAAGGCCUUUAGACACAGUUCCUCCUUUACAAAACAUCAGAGAAUUCAUACUGGUAAGAAACCCUAUGAAUGUAAGGAAUGCGGGAGUGCCUUUAAUGUGGGUAAGCACCUUACUUGACAUAAAAAAAGAAGUUGUACUGGUGUUUCGUCUUUUGAAUGAAAGACAUGUACAAAAGCCUUUGCUUCUGAGUUUUACUAGGGAAGUCCAUGCAUUGUAAUAAGAAGUAAUCAAGGGGAUUAUGUUGCUCUUAUUGUUUCCAGACUUCCUGGCCACUCUGUUUAGCAGAAUUACUCAGUGACAGGUGAUGUUUGCUUUUUUUGUUAGAUUGCCAAAUAUUUGUUUUCAUUUCUCCUUUUAAUAUUGGUUAACAUUCUGAAUAUCUAUUUAGAUAGGAUGGUCCCUAUUCAUUUCUGAUAAUUAGUGAAACAUUUUCCACACCUAUUAAUUAGAGUCAAUUUCACAUGAAUUUCUUUUCCAGACAUGUUUUGUUUAUAGUUACAUGUUUGUGUUUUCAUUCUUUUGUCUAUUGUUUUUGGCUUAUUAAUUUGUAAUAUUAUUCAAAUAAAUCUUUUGCAUUCUAA